AAGAAACUUCAAAUCGCCCUUCCCCUGAAGAGUCAAACAACAAAAACGUUUUUCUUUUCUUCUCUUCUACUCUCUCUUCGUGAACGAAUCAAACCAUUGCUUCAAAGCUAAACACUAUUUACUUUUCGAACAUUCUUGAAUAUAUCUUUGCACACACAAAACAAUUCCCAUUCCGCAAGAUUGUGCAGUUUGGAGAUUGCAAUGGGUGAUGGCAAUAGCAUUAGAACCUUGAAGGAGUUUUCGAUUCCGGAUUAUAUACUUGUGCCAGGAACCGAGAUCAGAAGUGUCUCUCAUGUACCUGCUUGUCCUGUCAUUGUUUUCAUUAACACCAAAAGUGGUGGUCAGCUUGGAGGGGAGCUUCUUGUUACCUAUAGUUCCCUUCUUAACCAAAAUCAGGUUUAUGAUUUGGGAGUAAAUGCUCCAGAUAAGGUGCUGCAUCAGCUUUAUGCUAAUAUAGAAAAGCUAAAGCACAAUGGAGAUAAUUUUGCUGCAGAAAUUCAGAAUAGGUUGAGAAUAAUUGUUGCAGGUGGAGAUGGUACUGCUAGCUGGCUUCUUGGAGUGGUAUCUGACCUUAAAUUAUCUCACCCGCCACCAAUUGCAACGGUGCCACUCGGGACCGGAAAUAAUCUCCCCUUUGCAUUUGGAUGGGGAAAGAAAAACCCUACCACAGACCUCCAAUCUGUGGCAUCAUUUCUGAAUCACGUGAAAGCUGCAAAGGAAAUGAAAAUAGACAGCUGGCAUAUUAUUAUGAGAAUGAAGGCUUCAUCAAAAGAAGGUUCAUGUGAUCCAAUUGCGCCCCUUGAGCUGCCUCAUGCUAUGCAUGCAUUUAAUCGUGUCUCUUCAUCCGAUAAACUAAACUUGGAGGGUUACCACACUUACCGCGGGGGAUUUUGGAACUAUUUUAGCAUGGGAAUGGAUGCUCAAGUAUCAUAUGCAUUUCACUCGGAGAGGAAGUUACAUCCAGAGAAGUUUAAAAACCAGUUAUAUAAUCAGAGUGCUUAUCUGAAGCUUGGAUGUACACAAGGCUGGUUCUUGAGUUCUUUGUUUCAAUCUUCUCGAAAUAUUGCUCAACUCACAAAGGUAAAGAUUAUGAAAAGGCAAGGUCAGUGGGAAGACCUUCACAUACCUAGCAGCAUACGAUCGAUAGUCUGCCUCAACUUGCCCAGCUUUUCGGGUGGACUCAAUCCUUGGGGAAAGCCAAAUAGAAAGAAGUCAAUUUAUAGGGACCUGACUCUUCCAUUUGUGGAUGAUGGUUUAUUUGAAGUAGUUGGUUUUAGAGAUGCUUGGCAUGGUCUUGUUUUGUUGGCACCAAAUGGGCACGGGACUCGUUUAGCACAGGCAAGCAAAAUCCGAUUUGAAUUUCACAAAGGUGCAACUGACUGUACAUUCAUGAGAAUUGAUGGAGAACCAUGGAAACAACCUCUCCCACAAGAUGACGACGCAGUUGUUGUUGAGAUAUCUCACCAUGGUCAAGUGAGCAUGCUUGCCACCCCAUUAUGCCGUUCUAAAAGUAUGCAUGAUCCUUCCUCAAAUUCGACAGACCACGAAGAUGAUAGUAGUGAUGAUGAAGAUGAUAGUAGCGAAGAACGUCGGAAGUUUGGUGCAGCCGAGACAUUCAAAUAUCCUGAAGGAGUUGAUCUGUCUCGUUUAAGUUAGUGUAGCUAGCAUUGCUCAAUCUAUGGCGGGGAAAGAAUGAGAGGGUAGGAAUGGUAGGGAGUGAACUCUUUUUUUGUGCAUAUCAUUUUUAUUUUUAUUGAAUCGAAAUUCUAGUGUGUAUAGGCCUUUUUAAUUGGUUUGAGUACAUUUUGAAUGGAUUUAACAUCACUGGAUUUGGAUGGUCAAAAUUUAAAUAAUUUUGAUAUCUAAAUGUGUAAAGUGUAAAAUGUUGUUAUUAAAUGUAUUGAAAUUGCUAAUCCAUCUUUGAGUA